CGCGCCUCCACACCACCGCCGACGCCAGUUGCCGUACCGGAACCACUCGAACUGCUCGCUCCAGGGCAUUCCCAAUACACCGACGUGACGAAUUUGUCCGCGCACACCUCUCCGCCGCCGCAAUGCCGACGCCCGAGUCCGAACUCUUCCUGGCCAAAAAGCCAAAGGUUGCGCCAACAUUUGAGGGCGUCGAUUACGACGACAACACGGCGCUCAAGGCUGCACAGGAUGCCAUAAUCAGGGAACAGUGGGUCAAGAGCAUGAUGGCGAGGUUAGUGCGGGAGGAGAUGGGCAAAUGCUAUCGGAGGGAGGGAGUCAACCACCUGGAAAAGUGUGGACAUUUGCGAGAGCGAUACUUUGAGCUCCUCAAGGACGCAAAGGUCAAGGGAUAUCUUUUUGCGCAACAAAACUACAUCGACGAUGCGCUCAAGCGAUAGACGGAUCCGCAACGGCCGAUGGGUAUUGGCACGAUUAUAUGAAUGCCGGGCGACUCGUACACUACCCUGCAGCAACAGCUACCAGCAUGAGGAAAACGCAGAGAACUGAUUUCUGGCAAUCGACGAGCACCUUGAGGAGAGAUGCGACAGUAUUCUUGACAGGCGAAUCUGUACAUAUGCGUGCCGGAUGAGAGGCUGAUGUAGCACGAAUAUAGGAACCAUGUUUACAA